CUGGUUUCAGGCUCUCUCUUACUCUGCACUCGUCGUUCCACACCUACAUUCUUCAUUAUCCUUGCCAGACACGAAUGUCUCUACUCGCACAGCGCUGAGAUCAGGCCGAGACCUCCGCAGGUUGUCCUAGUUUGAUUACACGUUCCUGCGUCCGAACUAGGGCUCCGGACCACCGGCAGGGCCCGCGCCCAUCGCCGGGGCGAUUCGCGUGUCGCAGACACACCUCUUGCAAGCAUGUCGGCAUUUGAGGAGCUGGGCGUCAUGCCGGAGCUGGCAAAGGCGGUAGAGGACCUGGGGUGGAUGCUGCCCUCGCCGGUUCAGGCCGAGGCCAUUCCCCUCAUCCUGGGCGGCGGCGACGUCAUGGCGGCGGCGGAGACCGGCAGCGGCAAGACAGGCGCCUUCGCCAUUCCCAUGCUCCAAAUCGUGCACGAGACUCUGCGCCAGCGUGCGCGCAGCGGCUCCGCCGCCAGCACCAGCGGCCGCGGCGCAGCCGGGGCCGCAGCCGCAGCCGCCAGCCCCGCAGCCGUGCCGUGUGUGCUGAGUAGCGAGGACCGGGAGCUGCACGUGGCGGUGUCGCCGGACGGGCUGUCGGCACAGAGCCGCUCGGAGAAGGCGUGGGGCGGCGUGCGCGGCAGCGUGGGUGUGUUCGCCAGCUGCGGCGGCAAGGUGUACUAUGAGGUGACGGUGACUGACGAGGGGUUGUGUCGAGUGGGCUGGAGCUGCCCCACCGCUGCGUUGGAGCUGGGGACAGACAGGCUGGGCUGGGGCUUUGGCGGCACCGGCAAGAAGAGCCACAACCGCCAGUUCGACAGCUACGGCGAGCCGUUCGCCCUGAACGACGUGGUGGGCUGCCUGCUGGACUGCGGCGAGGCCGGCGGCAGUGUGGCCUUCACCAAGAACGGCCGGCCGCUGGGCGAGGCGUUCAAGCUGCCAGACAACCUGCGCAACCAGGUUCUGCACCCCGCCAUAACGCUCAAGAACGCCGAGGUCGCGCUCAACUUUGGCGCCACGCCGCUUGCCUUCCCGCCGCCGCCCGGCUACAUCCCGCUCGCUCAGGCGCCAGCCGCCUGGGUGGCGGCGGGUGGCGGCGCAGCCGCCGCCAGCGCAGGUGGCGGCGGAAACGGCCGCGGUGAGAAGGACCUUGGGCGCAAGCCUGUGUGCCUUAUCUUGGAGCCUGCCAAGGACUUGGCGGAGCAGACAGCCAACUGCUUCAACGACUACGGCAAACACCUGAAGGCGCCGGAAGUGAAGACGGGGCUGUUCGUGGGCGGCAUGGAUGCAGCGCCGCAGAUUCGGAUGCUGCGUGAGGGAGUGGAUGUUGUGGUGGGCACACCCGGCCGCGUGAUCGACUUCGUGGAGAGCGGCAAGAUCCCUCUAGACCAGAUCCGCUUUUUCGUGCUGGACGAGGCGGACCGGCUCAUCGCGGACAACCCGGACGUGAUCACCAAGCUCUACGGCCGCCUGCCCAAGCAGGGCACCGGCAUUCACAGGCUGCAGGUGCUCCUGUUCAGCGCCACGCUGCACUCGCCCGAGGUGAAGGACAUGGCUGGCCGCAUCUGCAUCAACCCCAUCCUGGUCGACCUCAAGGGCCGCGACGCAGUGCCGGAGACCGUCGACCAUGUGCUGGUGCGGGUGGAUCCGCGCGAGGACAGGAGCUGGCUGCAGAGCAAUCCCGAGGUGUUCACGGACAGCUGCCACGCACUGGACCGGGUGGGCCCCAACGCCGCGGCCAGCCCCGAGUGCCUGAGCGAGGGCGUCAAGCGCCUCAAGCAGCGCCUGCUGCAGCGCAUCAUAGACACCAUGAAGAUGGAGCAGUGCCUGAUCUUCUGCCGCACCAACCACGACUGCGACCAGCUCGAGCGCUUCCUCAACACGCUGGGCGGGGCAGGCGGCGGGGCAGGCGGCCGCGGCUUCCGUGGCAAGCGCGAGAGCGGCAAGGAGAACCCCUACAGCUGCUGCGUGCUGGCGGGCGCACGCAGCAUGGACGAGCGGCGCGCCGCGCUGUCCGCGUUCAAGGACGGGGACGUGCGCUUCCUCAUCGCCACUGACGUGGCCGCGCGCGGCAUUGACAUCCGCGAGCUGCCCUACGUCAUCAACAUGACCCUGCCCGACAAAAGCGAGGACUACAUACACAGGAUUGGGCGCGUGGGCCGCGCCGACACCAUGGGUCUGGCCAUCAGCCUGGUGGCCGAGGUGCCGGAGAAGGUGUGGUUCUGCACCGUCAAGGGCAUGAAACCCUGGCUGGCGCCCGACAGCAGCAACACGCGCACCACGGACAAGGGCGGGCACACAAUCUGGUACAACGAGCGCGAGUUGCUGGGCGCCAUUGAGGGGCGGCUGGGCCGGCCCAUCCCGCCCAUGUCGGACGACCUCACGCUGCCGCCGGAGCUGGCGGAGCGGCUCAGCGCGGCGGGGGACAAGUACGGCCAGCAGCGCGGUGGCGGAGUCAGCAAGGAGGUGACGGAGCACCUGGCGGCGAUAGCGUCCAACGUGGCGCAGCUGGCUGGGCUGGAGUGGCAGGUGCAAACCAGCUACCUCAGCCUCAAACGGAAAUGGGGCUAGCGGGAGGCCAGGGGCCCGGCCAGGUUGCACGACGGCGCCCGGAGGCUGCGGCGCUGCGGCUUACGUUUAGGGAGUGAGAGGUGGCGGAGAGGCCAAGCUAGCGGAGUCAUCUUACAUGGGUGACUGUAGGGUGCUUUUGAUGAUCCGGUGACUUGCCGUGGCGCCGUUGCGCCAUAACUUAUAUGGGGAUGGGCGGGACCAUGCGUGCCUGAACUAGCGCCAGAGAGUCCAAGAGGCGCCAGUAGUCAAGGAGGCUGCGUCCGUCCUUGAGUGUUCCAGCUACUGCACUCAUGCUCAUUAUUUCUGGAGUGCCGAAGGAGGCCCGUGUCCGACUGAGUCUGAAGUCGCCACCAGGAGGUGGUCAAGGACUGCGCCAAGGGCCGUGCUCCCGCAUGAAGGUUGCGGUCAUUUUAUCGGUAUGGGGG